UUUCUUACCACGCGGCGCGGAAUUUAACGUUUUUUUUUUCGAUUUGUUCUGGCUGAAGGUAUAUCAACGAGUUGCUUUCAAAUUGUUCUAUUGUAUUUCUUUGGUAGGUGACUCCAUGGCUUAAGUUCACAUCUCCAGACUAAACGUUUCUGUGAGACAGCAGUUGCCGGAUGCCAGUGAACAGCAGGUGUCCAGAGCAGGAGUAAGACUACUCUGGCAGCAGAAUGGCAUGAUAACGGACUCACAAGGACUGCAGAAUGCCCUCCACAUAGAGUCAUCGAAGGUAAAACAUGCUUGUUGGAGACUUCAAAGAGUUUUUAGAACAGCAGAUUGCUCUCAAAGUGCUGAAACCUUGGUGGGAUGUCUUCUCGGAGUACCUCAGUGUACUUAUGAUGAUGUUUGGGGUUUUUGGAUCUACCCUUCAGGCAACACAGGAUAAGCUCCUCUGUCUUCCCAGCCAUGCCUCUGCCAAGCAUCCAUCAGAAAUAAUCUGUUAUGAAUUUACUACACAGACUUUUAAUUCCACAAAUUCAACUUUACAGGUUUUACCUGUUCAAGAAAUGAAAGGUUUGAAAAAUAAUCUCGACAUUCAGCAGUAUAGUUACAUCAACCAAAUAUGCUACCAGGAAGCACUACACUGGUAUGCCAGAUAUUUCCCUUACUCAGUGGUUAUAAAUACACUAAUCCUUAUGGUCUGUGGAAAUUUUUGGUUCAAGUUCCCUGGGACUAGCUCCAAAAUUGGGCACUUUAUUUCCAUUUUGCAGAAGUGCUUUGAUUCCCCUUGGACCACUCGUGCACUGUCUAAGGUUUCAAAACUGAAACCGUUUGAGGUUCCAAAACUGAAACUGGAGGAUAAGGAAUGCAACCUUGUCACAAAUGCAGAUGUUUCAGGUGAUGAAAAAAAUGAGCUUCUCAAGACAACUCCUGUUUCUGUUCCAAAAGAAACUGCAGCAAAGAAACCACCUGCCCUUGAUAAGAAAGAAGGUGAACAGGCCAAGGCACUCUUUGAAAAAGUGAAAAUGUUCAAGACUCAUGUAGAGGAAGGGGACAUUUUGUACAGCAUGUAUGUAUGUCAGAGUGUUCUUAAAGCCUUUACCUUUGUUCUGAUAAUUGUUUACAGUGUGAUAUUAGUUCCAAAUAUUAUUUUCACAGUACCCUGUCUUGCUGAGGUUGACAAUAUGACUGGAUACAAUAGCUUCUGCUGCAGUCAUACAAAAGCCUCUUUUUUCUUUAAGUUGGCUGUUUAUUACUUAUGUUUUGUAUGUAUUUAUGGACUCAUAUGUAUGUACACCCUCUACUGGUUAUUUCAUCAGUCAUUGAAAGAAUACUCAUUUCAACAUGUGCGUCAGGAAACUGGAAUGCUUGACAUUCCUGAUGCAAAGAAUGACUUUGCUUUCUUACUGCACCUCACUGAUCAGUAUGACUCCCUGUAUUCUAAAAGAUUUGCAGUUUUUCUCUCAGAAGUGAGUGAAAGUAAGCUGAUGCAGAUGAAUCUAAACCACGAGUGGACUGUUGAUAGACUGAAACAGAAGCUUCAAAGGAACCGCAAUAAUCUAAUGGAGCUCCAUAUAUCCAAGCUUUCUGGGUUGCCUGAAACAGUUUUUAAGCUCACAGAGAUAGAAUCUCUAAAACUAGAAUUAAUAGAUAGUAUUAAAAUUCCAUCAGCAAUCUCAUACUUGACCAAUCUUGAGGAGUUGUCCUUGUAUAAAUGCCCUGCAAACAUAGAUGAAAUAGGAUUGGGAUUUCUAGCAAAUCGAUUAAAAGUUCUUGCUGUCAAAUUUGAUACUGACAGAGAAAUUCCUCUCUGGAUUUACAAGCUCAGGAACCUGGAGGAACUUUAUCUCUUUGGGUCAAAAUGCCACAACGACAUUUCUAGUGGAGCUUGUCUUGAUGAACUCCCUAAUUUAGAGAACCUUAAAGUUCUGGUUCUCAAAAGUAAUAUUACCAGAGUUCCGCCAAAUAUCAUUUAUUUGGCAAAAAGUCUCCAAAAUCUAUGCAUUCACAAUGAUGGCACUAAACUUACUGCACUGAACAGCCUUAAGAAUCUGAAUAACCUGACCAAAGUAGAACUUAAUCAUUGCAACUUGGAGAGAAUUCCAUGUGCCAUUUUUAGCUUAAACAGUCUCCAGGAGGUGGACCUUAAAGAAAAUAACAUAAGGUCUGUGGAGGAGAUCCUCAGUUUCCAAAACUGCAGCAAACUGAAUUGCCUUAAACUGUGGUAUAACAAUAUUGUCUUCAUUCCAGAACAUAUAAAGAAGCUCAAGAGUUUAGAGUCUCUCUAUUUAAACAACAACAAGAUUAUGGUGCUGCCCUCUGAGCUGUUCCUUUGUACAAAGUUAACAAACUUGGAUUUGUCCCACAAUGAGAUUAGAGUUAUCCCACGUGAAAUUGGUGUUCUGCAAAACCUCCAGUAUUUUGCAGUUUCAAAUAAUUCAAUAGAAGGGCUACCUGAUAAUCUUUUCUUCUGUACAAACUUGAAAAUAUUAAAGGCUACAAACAACAGACUUACUAUUCUUUCACCUAAGAUUGCAAACUUGAAGAUGUUGACCAGACUUGAACUUGCGGGGAACAAGUUUGAGGCCUUGCCCCUUGAGAUUGGCCAAUGUUCCUGUCUCAGAAGAUGUGACUUCAUUAUCGAAGACACACUCUUCACCAUGCUGCCUAUGCAUAUCCAAGAACAAAUGAGUAAAGAACAGUCCUAGUGGAAGUUGAGUGGUAUAGCUACUGGAAACCAAAACCAAUGUAGUUUUGCAGAAAGCAAUUCCUCAGAAAGCUUUUAAAGAAUGCAUUAAUAGCAGUGUACAAGACCCAUAACUGAGUUUAUCAAGUGGUAUUUAAUCCAUUUUUUCUGCACUGAUUGCCACAUAUCACUUAGUAGACUAAAUCAGAGAUUAGAAACCAGUUUAGGUAACAUCUGCGUUCCAUUUAGCAGUACUGUAUACAGUUGAUUAACGCUCAGACAUUUAAAAUAGUUUUCAUGUGGUAUCAUUUUAUGCCGAUGUUGAUGAGAAUAAGAGUAAAAAUGAGCCCAAGACAUUCAAAGAAGUAUUUGAUAAGUUGCUCAGAAGUUUAUCUCGGCUGAGAUGCUGAGAAGAUUGUAGCUGAAUAUGGCUAUUCUUUGAAGAUGUAUGAAUAUAAAUGAUUCAUCAACAUGAUCAAAGCAAGGCAGGCAUCUUAUGGAAUCUUGAACCACAGACAGAUGUAUCUAAAGGUCAUGGCAACUAAAAUAAGCUAAUGACCCAUCACAUUGAUCUUUGCACAUUUUAUAUUGGCCUCAAGAUGCCAUUAAAUUACUUUUUUGAAGAGUAUAAACUGACUUAAAGAACAGCAGUAUUGUUAACAUGGAAAGGCAAAGCUGUUAGCUUUUCAUUUUGCGCAGUGCUGUAGCACUAAUAUAACACAACAGCGAAACAUUCUUAGCAUUAUGGAGCUAUCUGCUGUGCUGACUAACCUACUAAGUUUCAUUACGGGCUAUUGGUUACUGAAUCUGAAAGAGUAUGAGGGAUGCUAAAUUCUAGUCUCAUUAUUUUCCAUUUUUUAUACAUUUUUGAAAAAACAGUUUGGUAAUUGAGCUGUAUACUGACCUUAUUAGCUGUAUAAUUUGUAAACAGUUUAUUUGAGAACAAACUAAAUAUUGAAUAUAGUUAUGUAGUUUGUGCUCUGCCAAUGGCAUUUCAGAAUUGCAUUUCCUUCCUAGAUGUACUGACAGGAUGUAAUGUUCAAUAUUUCCUCACAUUAGUAGAGUAAACCUCACAGUUAUACUGCAGUUGUCAAUCAAAUGUGUACAAUAAAGUAAGACUGAGUACAGGCAUAACUAAAAUUAAAUUUUAAUUUCCUCUGACAAAUG